CGCGCACACCGGAAGCGAUCAGGACUGGAAGAGAAACACCGGCCUCCGUAAUAUCAGCGAUCCGGGAAUACCGGAUAAAACAACGAAAUGACACGCUAACAAUGAUGUCCGAAGACGUUGAAGAACAGUCAGUUCUGCCAAGUUCUUAGCAACAUCUGUAACAUCUGAAGCACCAGCUUUGGCCUCAUAAAGACUUUCUCACCAGCCGGAUAACUUCGGACUCACUGUCACACCUCCGUGAUAUCGUAGAGGACAAACAGUUCUGCAGCGUCAUGACGUGUCGAGAUCGCACGGUUGAGUUCCAUUCGGCUUGUAAGUCACUGCAGGGGAGACAGUUACAGAAUGGCACUCAUGCUAAACCUGCCAUUAAUGCCCUUAAACAGCGCAGUGACUUCACUCUUAUGGCCAAGAGAAUUGGGAAAGACUUGAGCAACACUUUUGCCAAGCUUGAAAAGCUCACAAUCUUGGCCAAAAGGAAGUCUUUGUUUGAUGAUAAAGCAGUGGAGAUUGAGGAGUUAACAUACAUCAUUAAGCAGGACAUCAACAGUCUGAAUAAGCAGAUAGCACAGCUGCAAGACUUUGUGCGAUCCCGCAGUGGGCAAAAUGGUCGCCACAUCCAGUCACAUUCCAACACAAUCGUUGUCUCCCUGCAGUCAAAACUGGCAUCGAUGUCUAAUGAUUUCAAGUCUGUUUUGGAAGUAAGAACAGAGAACCUGAAGCAGCAGCGCAGCAGAAGAGAGCAGUUCUCUCAGGCUCCAGUCUCAGCUUCACCUCUGCUCGCCAAUAACUUCAACAGUUCAGUUCUGAUGCAGGAUGAGUCCAGGAGUCUGGGAGGAGAUGUGGCCAUCGACAUGGACUCGAGAGCAAACCCUCUGCAGUUGCAGCUCAUCGACGAACAGGACUCGUACAUCCAAAGCCGAGCGGACACCAUGCAGAACAUCGAGAGCACCAUCGUGGAGUUGGGCUCCAUCUUUCAGCAGCUGGCACACAUGGUCAAAGAGCAGGAAGAGACCGUUCAGAGGAUCGAUGCCAAUGUGGAGGACACCCAGCUGAAUGUGGAAAUGGCCCACACUGAGAUACUGAAAUACUUCCAGUCUGUAUCCUCCAACCGCUGGCUCAUGAUCAAGAUAUUCCUCGUUCUCAUCAUCUUCUUCAUCAUCUUUGUGGUCUUCCUCGCUUGAUAUGGAUCAGCCCAGAGGAAGGAGGCAUGGAUGAUGAUGGAAACGGUACCAAAGGGGAUGGACUCAAGGGCGAUUGUGCAAAAACAUAAGCGUACUGGGCCGCCAGGGACUCUGACUCACUGUGGGAGGGGAGGGAUUGAUUCUGAUGCUCAUUGGUUGAAUGACAUGAGUCAGUUCAAAUGUAAAUUCUGUCACUGUCUGACUUUGAAUCUCUCACUCAAGAGAGAGGAGGAGGAGGAUUGUGAUGCUGAUGAAGGUGGAACAGAGAUUUACUGUGUAUUUGGCAAGAACGCAGGUUGUUCACUCUGUUCUCUUUAAGACUCAUCUACAUCUGAAUUAAUAUUUCAGCCUUCGCUUGUUAUAAUAAUCACAUAUUAAAAGAGAAGGCUUUUUCCUAAAUGGCUUGAUUCUCCAAACUGGUUUAGUUUGAUUUUCUCUGACAGUGUUGUCCAUAAUCAGCGAUACAAUUUUUCCAAUAAAUUAGAUGAAUUAUUCUCAUAUGAUAAGUCUGAUUAUAAUUAUCCCCCAUUAAAAUAUAUUAAUUUGUUUUUAUAUCAAAGACAAAGGCAAUUAUUUGCUCCUUAUGGUUAAAUCUCACAAUUAUCCUGGUCAUAUUUCACCUCAUAAUUAUACAAAUUAUACUUUUAAUACUUUACGAUGUACUUUGCAAUUAAAAUAUAUAUGUAUGUACAUAUACAGCUCUGGAAAAAAUUAAGAGACCACAGCAAAAUGAUCAGCUUCACUGGAUUUACUAUUUAUAGGUAUGAGUUUGAGUUAAAUUACUGUCAACAUUUCUCCCAAAUUCCAAAUAAAAAUAUUGUCAUUUAGAGCAUUUAUUUGUAGAAACUGACAACUGGUCAAAAUAACAAAAAAGAUGCUGUGUUUUCAUCCACACCUUGAUUGACCUGGCCGUGUGACAUGGAGGAUUGUCCUGCUGGCAAAAACAAUCCUCAGAAUUGGGGAACAUUUUCAGAGCAGAAGGAAGCAAGUUUUCUUCCAGGAUAACCUUGUACAUGGGUUGAUUCAUGUGUCCUUCACAAAGAUGAAUCUGCCUGAUUCCAACCAUUCUGAAACACCCCCAGAUCAUCACUGAUCCAUGGCCAGCCCAAUCUCCAGACCUGAACCCCAUUGAAAACCUCUGGAAUGUGAUCAAGAGGAAGAUGGAUGGCCACAAGCUGUCAAACAAAGCCGAGCUGCUUACAUUGUGCCAGUAGUGGCAUAAAGUCACCCAACAGCAAUGUGAAAGACUGGUAGAGAGCAUGCCAAGAUACGAGAGCUGUGAUUGAAAAUCAGGGUUAUUCCACCAAAUAUUGAUUUCUGAACUCUUCACAAGUUAAAACAUCAGUAUUGUGUUCUUUAAAAAUGAAUAUGAACUUGUUUUCUUUGCAUUAUUUGAGGUCUGAAAACACUGCAUUUGUUUUGUUAUUUUGACAAGUUGUCAUUUUCUGCAAAUAAAUGCUCUAAAUGACAAUAUCUUUAUUUGGGAGAAAUGUUGUCAGUACUUUAUAGAAUAAAAAAAAUAAUUAAUUUUACUCAAACACAUGAAUUUUGCAGUGGUGUAUAUAAAUAUAUACACCGAUCAGCCACAACAUUAAAACCACCUGCCUAAUAUUGUGUAGGUCCCCCUCCUGCCAACAAAA